AUGUCUCAAAAUUCUGAAUCAAUUAGAAUGGUCUUAAUCGGCCCUCCAGGUGCUGGUAAAGGUACUCAAGCUCCAAAUUUAGUUAAACAAUUUGGUGCUGCUCAUUUGUCCACUGGUGAUAUGUUGAGAUCACAAGUUGCUAAGGGUACUCCAUUGGGUGUUGAAGCUAAGAAAAUCAUGGAUCAAGGUGGUUUGGUCUCUGAUGAAAUCAUGGUUGGUAUGAUCAAGCAAGAAUUAGAAACCAACCCAGCUUGCGGUAAAGGUUUCAUUUUGGAUGGUUUCCCAAGAACUAUCCCACAAGCUGAAAAAUUAGACCAAAUGUUGGCUGAAAGAGGUACUCCUUUGGAAAAAGCUGUUGAAUUGAAGGUCGAUGAUGAAUUAUUAGUUGCCAGAAUUACCGGUAGAUUAGUCCACCCAUCUUCUGGUAGAUCCUACCAUAAGUUGUUCAACCCACCAAAGGUUGAAAUGACUGAUGAUGUCACUGGUGAACCAUUGGUCCAAAGAUCAGAUGACAAUGCUGAAGCUUUGAUGAAGAGAUUGAACUCUUAUCACCAACAAACAGAACCAAUUGUUGAAUUCUACAAGAAGACUGGUAUCUGGGCCGGUGUCGAUGCUUCUCAAGCACCAGACAACGUCUGGACUAGUAUCUUAAAGGUUUUAGGUAAGAACUAA